AUGCGGCCACACUCACACACAGGCACGAAGGCACUGGUGCCGGACUGUCUCUCUGUCCUCUCCAUAAACGCCAGAGGUCUCAAUAAACCGGAGAAGCGCUCAGGAGCGCUGAGAGACUUCCACGCUCAACGAGCCUCGAUAGUACUAAUACAGGAGACACACUUCAAGGACGGGUCCAGGCCCAAACUGACAAACCAUCACUACCCCACAGGAUAUUACAGCGACUAUCACGCAGGAAGGUCCAGAG